UAUUCAGGCACACGAGGAAAAAUAACCAAUUAGUGACUUUGCAGAUUCCUUAUUUAAAGGGAACCGGAGGGCAAUUGACACAAAACCCUCCUGCUACCUGCAGUCCAAAGACUGAAGCAGAGUAGUCUCAAGAAUCUCCAACAUCUCCACUCAGCAGAAUGAAAUACGCACAGUAUGUUUUCCUGGCCUCGAUCUUCUACACUGUUGAAUAUAGCCUAGCUCAGACCUGUGCAGUGGAGUCUUUCUCUGUGAAAGACAAUUUUGAUCCAAAAAGGUAUGCAGGCAAAUGGUAUGCCCUGGCCAAGAAGGAUCCAGAAGGCCUUUUCCUUCAGGACAACAUCUCUGCUGAAUACACUGUGGAGGAAGAUGGCACAAUGACGGCAUCCUCCAAAGGCCGAGUGAAGCUUUUUGGUUUCUGGGUGAUCUGUGCUGACAUGGCUGCUCAGUACACAGUACCUGACCCAACCACUCCAGCAAAAAUGUAUAUGACCUACCAGGGACUGGCCAGCUACCUCUCCAGUGGUGGGGACAACUACUGGGUGAUUGACACUGACUAUGAUAACUAUGCCAUCACCUACGCCUGCCGCAGCCUGAAGGAGGAUGGCUCCUGUGAUGAUGGCUACUCCCUGAUCUUCUCGCGCAAUCCCCGUGGCCUCCCCCCAGCCAUCCAGCGCAUAGUGCGCCAAAAGCAGGAGGAAAUCUGCAUGUCUGGCCAGUUCCAGCCUGUGCUUCAGUCAGGGGCUUGCUAAAAGUACACUUCUGAUCCUAUCCUUAAGCACAGAAACCAGAUCUCUUGGUCCUGAAGUUGCCACUCAACUAAUAAUUUUAAAAAAUCAUAGUAUGGAAUAGUGUGUUUUUCCUGAAAAACACAUGAAAAUAUUGGGGGAUCUUUAAACAGUGUGCAAUAUAAUAGUGAUAUUUGAAUUUUCAAGGGAAUACCUAAUGUGGCAUUUCUCAAUAAAUGUUUUUGAAAAAAAA